UUUCGGUAAUAAAAUGGCAGCUCCCAUGAACGGUCGCGGGAUUUCCCUUACUUGUGCAAUAACGACGUAGAGCUGUAGAGGCGUACGUGGCUGCAAAAUCAGCUCAACUUUCAAGUAGAAAGAAGUAGCAGCACUGCAGUAAAUUUUUGAAACAGCAGAGAUUUAAGAUGGUGUCUAUGGGUCCGUUGAUCCAAUGGUGCAGUAAUGAGUUAUCAAUUCUCCUUGGUGCGGAUGCAACUGAAGACUUUGCAAAAUAUCUCCUGUCCAUAGAUGACCCCAAGGACCUUGAGGAUUACCUUCAGGGGUUACUUGAUGUCAAUGACCCCAAGGCUAGCAGGUUCAUUCAAGAACUGCUACAGAAGAAACAAGGAACAGCGUUACCAGAAAAUAUCACUGUCUACAAGAAGCCUACUGAAGACAGAGACCAUGUAUCUAAACCCAGCAAGUCACAAAGCAGGUCAAAGUUCAAAGAGAAAAAGACAGGUGGAUUCUCCAAAGUUAAUCUGUCGACUGUCAACUCCGAACCUCGCAUGCCAGGAGAUCCUCUUCCAGCCUCUGCAACCCCUGUGUCCCAGCAACUGACCGAGGACCAGGCUAACAAACAAGGUGCCAAACGAAAACAGAAGUACGUGGCUCUGUACAGCAAGGAAGGGGAGGCACGGAGCGUUAUACAUCUCACUGGAAGACACUGGUGCGAGUGUCAAGCUCAGAAACACAGCCUCGUGGCAAACUGUCUGAAAUGUGGCCGGGUAGUCUGCAGUCAAGAGGGCUCUGGUCCCUGCCUCUUCUGUGGUUCAAUGGUUUGCACAAAGGCAGAGCAAGAAGUCCUGGCUCGUAAUUCCAAUGCAAGCAAGAAACUGUUCCAGAAGUUGAUGGGUGAAGGGAAGCACGGAGCUGGGGGUGGGCCGACCUCUAAUGGGGAUGUCUCUUUACCUUAUGCCUCUUCUAAAAAGCAAUCAGGACUAGAGAAGGCUCUUCAACAUAAGGACAAACUCAUGGAGUAUGACCAGUCUAGCGCCCGGCGCACGCAAGUCAUUGAUGAUGAAUCUGACUAUUUCUCCACUGACUCCAACAAGUGGCUCACCAAAGACGAUCGGGAGAAACUCCGUAAGCGCAGAGAUGAACUCCGAGAACUCAAGCAUGGCUCACGCCUUAAGAAAACAUUUACUCUGGACUUUGCCGGUCGAAAAGUCGUUGAGGACUCUGGAAAGAUUGAUAUGUAUGACGGUAAAGAUGAGGUUGUACAAGCUGUGAACUAUGGCAAGACUGGCCAAAAGGUCAAGAGUCAAAAAGGAACUGUAGGAGACAUUGACAUCAUCAAUCCAAAUAUAGUUCAAGAUGCACCACACUUUGUCCAGAGUGAGAAGGAUAGGUUUAGGAUACAAACAUCACAUCAGAAAUCAGAGAAACUCUCACAGGCGGCAAAAGGGACGUUACGGAUCCAGGAUCGAGAAUUAAUGGAGAUGUCUGAUGAGGGAUUCUGUCUAAGUAUGCAUCAACCUUGGGCAUCACUUCUUAUAUCUGGAAUCAAAACGCAUGAAGGUAGGACGUGGUACUCGUCUCAUAGAGGCAGGUUAUGGAUCUCAGCCGCAUCACAUCAACCAACUCCUGAAGAAAUCUCUGAAGUAGAAAAGUUUCACCGAUUAUCACACAGUGAUGAGGACAUUCAUUUCCCCGAGGAGUACCCAGUAGCUUGUCUUCUUGGCUGUGUAGACAUGAGGGACUGUCUCUCACAAGAACAAUACCAAGAACAGUAUUCCCAUGGCGACAGCUCAUCACCUUAUGUCUUUAUAUGUGAAAAUCCACAAGAACUGGUGGUGAGAUUCCCGUUAAAAGGAAAACAUAAAAUAUGGAAGCUUGAUGGUCAGAUCUUGAAGGCAGCAAAGAAAGGUUUAAGACGACCCAAGGAUCAUUGACAAAGACCAUCUGCCCCCCCCCCCUUUCGCCUUACCAAUUAGCCACAUCCUCCAACGUGCAAUACAGAAGUUGUUUGGGGUAUAUUGCCAUUAUUAACCAACUAUUAAUCACAUCUUAAGAACCAUGUCUUAUGAGACAAUGUGCACAUCACUGCUCUCAAGCAAUCUCAAAGAAGUGGUGUUUAUGUUUCAAUGUCCAGAUAAGUGGCAAGGAGAUCUUUAUCUUAAUUAAAUACCAUAAAGGAGGAAACGUUUUUCAAAGAUUAUUUCUUGGUACGGCGAACGUUUUGAGCCACAAAAGCCAUGGGCUAAUGGAGGCCAUCCUGAAACUGAAACCCUGGGAUAGAAUGAAGAAACUUUUUGAAAAUGUCUGUAAGUUGUGCUAGCGAAGUGUUCCUUUUACAUACAGUGCAGUUGGUUGCCUUCAAGUUGCCUGUAAACAUUGCCUUAUUUGUUAAUCACUGGGUGAUGACCAAUACGUCUGUAAAACAGCGGAGGCUUUAUGCUCCUAAAGUCAGGAUUUUUCUCAGUCUUUCAUAAACAAGCGCAACUUCAAAAACAAAAGUACACAUUGACACCCAUCUUAAACAACUUUUCAAUAACAAUGUUAAAAUUUAUCAAAGUACAUUUUAAUUAAAUGAACAAAUAUUUAAAGAAAUGGUUGAUAUGGCUGCUAAAAAGAAAUUACAAAUUUGGAGAAAUACCAAAAACAAAAAACCCACACUUUGCACAGUAAUUUUCUGAAACAGUAUAAAAUAAAUCAGCUGUUGAUUGUAAAGAAUAUAUUUAUUUUGGACAUAAAUGUUGUCAGUUCAUGUAAAAUCCUUUGAUUUUUGAAUGUUAAACAAACUCUACAAUAUGUUGUUCUUUUAGAGAUCAUUGAUGUAGCAAACUUCAAAGUUUAUCAAAACAGUAUUUUGCACAAGAUUUUAUGAUGUUUAAAAUAAUGCAGUUUAGCAACAAGACUUUCAUGUCGACAAAAUUCCCAAAUGAACCAUAUGCAUUGAUGCCAUCUUAGAGGUCAGGCAAUGAUGACAGAACAAAUUGCACAUGUAUGCGCUGCGCAUAGGAUUGGCCAAUCAGCAACCUUCUUUUGACCAUCAGCCGAGGGCACACUUCUCAAGUGACAUAAUUUUUUUAAUUUGCAUAAAGGUCUAUUGAUUUUUAUUUCAGAGGAGAAAAUGGGUUUUAUAAGUUACCCUCAAACUUGACUUUUGAUUCAAGGAAAUUAGCAAGUUUUACUUUUUGUUGUACAUUGGUACUUGUAUGGAUGAUGGGUACUGCAUAAUGCUCAUUCUUACGAUUAUGCCAUUUAGUUUCUUUUUUCCAUAAUUUAUUUUAAGGUGCACAAAGAAUUAAAUGUUUACGGUGCUAAGAAGGCGAAAGGUUUAUUGCUAGAAACAAAAAAGUAUUAAAAUAAUGAUACAGUAUAUU